CUGGCCUUGGUCUCCGUUCGCAACACGAGGGAAAGCGCAAAAGAAUGGAUAUUUCACAGAAAGUCAAUACAUCUACGCAAGCAACUACAGAAGGCGACCCACGUUCCUUGUUAACAGUUUGCUUCGAAGCAACCAUUUUGGGUUUAAUAAUUCUCGCUGCCGUACUGGGGAAUUCUUUGAUUUUGACUUCCUUGUGUCGCUUCACUUGUCUACAAACCAAGACGAAUGUCUUUGUUUUGAACUUAGCGAUCGCCGAUUUAUUUCUCGCCGUAUUUGCGAUGCCUUUCACGCUCGUUUCUUCCAUAACUUAUGACUGGGAAUUUGGAACAGUAAUGUGCCAAAUCCUUGGCGCGUUAAACUCUAUCUUCUGCGAGGCGUCGAUAUGUACACUAACUUUCGUAAGCAUCGAACGAUUCAUAGCCAUAGUCUAUCCUUUGAAUUACGAAACAUUAAUCACUACCCAACGCGUGAAAAUCAUCAUUGGCUACAUUUGGUUGCAAGCUGUUUUAUGUGCCUCUUCCACGUUCAUUUUCUCUGAGUUCAAGUUCUUAGAGUUCGAAGCGAUCUGUACAGUGAAUUGGGAACGGAGUAUUGUUUACUCGCUCAUUUUCGCCAUCAUUUUCUUGUAUGUACCUUUCCUUGUGACAGCUGUGUUGUACUGUAUUAUUUUAAAAACAGCCAUAAGGCAGCGCCAGCGCAUUGAUAUCAUAAAAGUCGGUGAAAUCUCUUCCGAAAGAUGUUCACAAAAGAGUGGAAAAAAAGUCCCGACCGAGGAAAGAAAGACUAAAAAGGAAUAUAAAGCAACCGUUAUGAUUGGCAUUGUGGUGGGAACGUUCUGCCUUUGCUGGUUUCCUCAUUCAGUCGGCGUAUUCUGCAUUAUUGACCCAAGCUGUAAAUGGGACGAUUCUUUUUACGUGGCGACUACUUGGCUUGCCAUGUUUAACAGUGCCAUGAACUCUAUUAUUUAUGGUUUGAUGAACCGCAGUUUUAGACGAGCUUUUAAAAGCGUUUUAUGUUGUCAGCGUUACGUAGGGAACGAGGACUUAGCAACAAAUAUUCAACAAGAGGGAAUAAUAAGCGAUAGAAAAAGCAAUGUGUUAACCCGAUAUUCUCAACAUAGGUAUAGUAAUCGACAUUGCCAAUCAGAAAACUGGAUCAAAGCUGGCUGCCGUAAAGAUGUCGCACGAGAGAUGGUGUUACUGUUUAGUGAUCGUAAUCCAGGCUCUACUGUCAAGAUAAGCUGGAGUCACUGGAAACCUUAUCUCAUCAGGUUAAGAAUGCAUAGGUUUCUGGCAAUAAGUUUAAUCUGUCGACAAAAGAAAGAGGCUCAGAACGAGAAAAUAUUCGAUGGAGACAUGAUGGCAGUGUUUCUGGCUUGUCGCUGCGCAACUGAAGCCAAGCGUCAAAAGCUUCAUUGGUUUGCUUUACAGUAUUAUGGAGAGUGUUGGGGAAGCAGCGAGCCUUUACAAGAACUCUUUCCAAGAUACCCCAUAGAUUCGGAGGAAAGAUGCGUUGGUGAGUCUUUCAAGCCUUGCAAAGACGAGGAUGCUAAGUCAAUGUGCGUUGGACGUGCGUUCAGAGCUUACUUCUAUGAGUUCAAAAAACAGCCUGGGGAGCAAGUAUCACACCAGGGAGUAGCCAGUGGAGGAGGAUACGUUCUUGUUCCAGGCUGUCAGAGAGCUGUAGAUGUUGCCUUUGUGAUUGAUACAUCAGGGAGUGUAACACAGGCCAAUUUCAAUAGGAUUAUACAGUUCCUCAAGCUGUUCGUGGAUCGCUUUGACUUUCCGGACAGCGGCACUAGAUUCGCCCUUUUGAGGUACGAUCAUCAUGUGUGCAUCGACCUAACUUUAGAAGACUCAGUUCUGUACACCUUGCACGGACUCAAAAAUAAAGUCGGCGAGAUGCUGUACACUGGAGGUUCUACGCUCACACAUCUCGCUUUGCAGGAAGUGAAAGAUAAGAUAUUUAAGGGGGCUCCCAGAUAUGGUGUGCCUAGGACAUGUAUCCUUAUGACUGAUGGAAUCACGCACGGAGGAAGCCUAACAGUGAAACAACCCUCUGCAUAUUUGAGGGCCUUAGGAGUUCAUAUAAUAGCAAUUGGUGUCGGUAGCGAGGUAGAUUCUCGUGAGCUCGCUUACAUUGCGGAAAAGAACGUAAUCCUUUUGACUUCAUUUGAUGAGGUACUUGCAAAGGCGCACCAGACAAUUGAACAGCUCGUCCGUGGCACUUGUGGAACUGUGAACUAG